GGGCUAGACUCUCUCUUUAAGCAGAGGGGCGGUACCCAGUGGCGAUGGCGGCGCGUUUCGCGGUCCCCGGGUGCCGUCGGCGCUGGUAACCAAGGCGACGCGGCGGCGUUGGGCCCAGCAAAGGCGGCGUGCCUCCACGUUAGUACGGGAGCUCAACGUUGUACGAACACCAUGACUUCUGUAAUGGGGGACCCAACAUUAGAACAGCAUUUUAAAGGCCAUCGUGACGCCAUCACAAGUAUCGACUUUAACUCUAACAUGAAACAGUUAGCAACUGGGUCUAUGGAUUCGUGUGUCAUGAUUUGGAAUUUGAAGCCACAGCUGAGAGCGUAUCGAUUUGUUGGUCACAAAGAUGCAGUCCUUUCAGUUCAGUUCUCGCCCUCUGGUCAUUUAUUGGCUUCUGCUUCACGAGAUAAAACAGUGCGCCUCUGGGUUCCCAGUGUGAAGGGUGAAUCAACAGUAUUAAAAGCUCAUACAGGCACCAUACGAAGUGUUCAGUUCUCCAGAGAUGGACAGUCACUGGUUACUGCUUCUGAUGACAAAACAAUCAAAGUUUGGACAGUUCAUCGACAGAAGUUUCUUUUUUCUUUAAGCCAGCACAUAAAUUGGGUUCGAUGUGCCAAGUUUUCUCCAGAUGGACGACUCAUUGUUUCUGCUAGUGAUGAUAAAACUAUUAAAAUAUGGGACAAAGCUACUAGGGAAUGUAUACAUUCAUUUUAUGAACAUGGAGGGUUUGUUAACUAUGUAGAUUUUCACCCCAAUGGAACCUGUAUUGCAGCAGCAGGGACAGACAAUACUGUGAAACUUUGGGAUAUUCGUAUGAAUAAACUUCUGCAACAUUAUCGAGUGCAUAGUGCUGUGGUAAACUGCCUCUCAUUUCAUCCAACUGGAAAUUAUCUUAUCACUGCAUCAAAUGAUUCAACACUGAAGAUACUUGAUUUAUUGGAGGGAAAGUUAUUGUACACUCUCCAUGGUCAUCAGGGUCCAGCUACCUGUGUAGUUUUUUCCAAUGCCGGGGACUUCUUUGCUUCGGGUGGCUCAGAUGAACAGGUUAUGUUAUGGAAGACUAAUUUUAAUGUUACAGAUUGUGAGGAAAAAUUUAAAAAUCACUCUUUGCCUGUUAAUUGUGUGGAAAAGGAGCCAAGCUUUUCUUCUCAGUCGCCAGAACAUGCGUCAACAUCACAUGCUGCAAAGCUUUUGAAGACGGACUUAUCAGAUGUUGGAUCAAACAACCUAAGUCAACAAAAUAAUAACUCAAGCAAUAUUUUGGCAUCAGAGUCAAAACCAGCUGUUCCCUUAGACCAGCCUCAUCCUCAAGAAGUGACUGGCAUCCCAUCUGUCCUUGCAAGCACUCUGGAGCACAUAGUCGGCCAGCUGGAUGUUCUUACCCAGACAGUGACAAUCCUGGAACAGCGACUUACAUUGACAGAAGACAAGCUACGUGAAUAUCUUGACAAUCAGCAGAAGUCUUGACUACUUUCAGGUGACUGAAGACAGAUGAAAAUGGAAUUGAGAGACCUUAAAUUGCAGGCAUGCUUAAUGUGUAUAAAACCAGCAAUCACCAACCCAAGUUUGUAAAAUAGUUCAUCCUCCUCUGAUAUUGUUCAAUAAUAAUUACAAUGGCAGUUAAAGCUGUGAGAUGUAUAGUAUAGCUUUUGUAUUUUGUUAUACCCUCUGCAUGAGUUAGUAUUUCUUAAACCUAGUAUAUAAUUUUGUUUCAACACAAAACUGUCCCAUAUAUAUUCACAUAUCAUACAUUCAAUAAAACUCUUUGAGUAACUUAAUGGUUUAAGUAUUAUUUUUCUCAAACAGAAUGUAAUUGUUGAGUUGUUUUAUUUGGAUAUCAAUUGAACAGGUGCUUCACAGGCAUGCUUUAUUUUGAAGAGCAGAUCAGGAAUUUUGCUAGAGUACUUUGGUUUUCAUGCAGUAUCACAAAAUCAAUUGGAAGAAAAAUGUUUUCUUGGUGAAUUGAAGUGAAAUAUAUAAUUUUUUAAACAACAGAGCUUACAUAUACCAAAUAAAUAAAAUCUUGAACAAAAACCUUUCAAUAAGAUUUGACGUGUCAGUUGCAGUUAUACAUGUUCUGUAUCCAUAUGUUAACAAUUGGCAAAUAUACAAGGACUUUAUUUUUCAUAUGAAAUCUGCAAUAAUUUAUAAUUGAAAUAUAGUUAACAUAUAAAUGAACAGUUUCUGAGCUGUAUACUAUUUAAAUAAUGAGAAGAGUGGGAUUUAUAUUUCUUUAUUAAAAAUAUUACCUCUA